AUGCCAAGUCACCUCCAUCCCAGAGACGUAGAGGCGAGGAUUCCACCUCUACCGGAGAGCUACUGCCUAUGCCGACCUCUCCCGGAGCAGACCUGCAAAGUCCCGCGGCGCAGGACGCUCUGUUUUCCAGCCCUCCUCAGUUGCACUCUUCAGGUGCGUAUCUGAAGCUCUCGGGUAGAGGGAACCCCAAGGAGUGGUGUUAGGGGCACACCCAUGAGACAGAGGCCUGAUCUGGGCUCUGCACGGAAGGGUCUGCAGGUGGAUCUGCAGUCUGAUGGGGCAGCAGCAGAAGACAUAGUGGCAAGUGAACAGUCUCUGGGCCAAAAACUUGUGAUUUGGGGAACAGAUGUAAAUGUGGCAACAUGCAAGGAGAAUUUUCAGAGAUUUCUUCAGCGUUUUAUUGACCCUCUGGCUAAAGAAGAAGAAAAUGUUGGCAUUAAUAUUACUGAACCUCUGUACAUGCAACAACUCGAGGAGAUUAAUGUUAUCGGAGAGCCAUUUCUAAAUGUAAACUGUGAACACAUAAAAUCAUUUGACAAAAAUUUGUACAGACAGCUCAUCUCCUACCCACAGGAAGUUAUCCCAACUUUCGAUAUGGCUGUCAAUGAGAUCUUCUUUGAUCGUUACCCUGACUCAAUCUUAGAACAUCAGAUUCAAGUGAGACCAUUUAAUGCGUUGAAGACUAAGAAUAUGAGAAAUCUGAAUCCAGAAGACAUCGACCAGCUCAUCACCAUAAGCGGCAUGGUGAUCAGGACGUCCCAGCUGAUCCCUGAGAUGCAGGAGGCCUUCUUUCAGUGCCAAGUGUGUGCCCACACCACCCGGGUAGAGAUUGACCGUGGUCGCAUUGCUGAGCCCAGUGUGUGUGGGCACUGUCACACCACCCACAGCAUGGCACUCAUCCACAACCGCUCGCUCUUCUCCGACAAGCAGAUGAUAAAACUUCAAGAGUCUCCUGAGGACAUGCCUGCAGGGCAGACUCCUCACACUGUGGUUCUCUUUGCUCACAAUGAUCUUGUUGACAAGGUUCAACCUGGGGAUAGAGUGAACAUCACAGGUAUCUAUCGGGCAGUGCCUAUUCGAGUCCACCCCCGAGUGAGCAAUGUGAAGUCUGUCUACAAAACCCAUAUUGACGUCAUUCAUUACCGGAAAACGGAUGCAAAACGUCUACAUGGCCUUGAUGAAGAAGCAGAACAGAAACUUUUUUCAGAGAAACGUGUGGAAUUGCUUAAGGAACUUUCCAGGAAGCCAGACAUUUAUGAGAGACUUGCUUCAGCCUUGGCUCCAAGCAUCUAUGAACAUGAAGAUAUAAAGAAGGGAAUCUUGCUUCAGCUCUUUGGUGGAACAAGGAAGGAUUUUAGUCACACAGGCAGGGGCAAGUUCCGUGCUGAGAUCAACAUCCUUCUGUGUGGUGACCCAGGCACCAGCAAGUCCCAGCUGCUGCAGUACGUGUACAACCUGGUGCCCAGGGGCCAGUACACAUCUGGGAAGGGCUCCAGUGCAGUUGGCCUUACAGCAUACGUGAUGAAAGACCCCGAGACAAGGCAGCUGGUCCUGCAGACAGGUGCCCUUGUUUUGAGUGACAAUGGCAUCUGUUGUAUCGAUGAGUUUGACAAGAUGAAUGAAAGCACCAGGUCUGUGCUACAUGAAGUCAUGGAGCAGCAGACUCUCUCCAUUGCAAAGGCUGGAAUCAUCUGUCAGCUCAAUGCGCGCACCUCUGUCUUGGCAGCAGCAAAUCCCAUUGAGUCUCAAUGGAAUCCUAAAAAAACUACCAUUGAAAACAUCCAGCUACCUCACACAUUACUAUCAAGGUUUGAUUUGAUCUUCCUCAUGCUGGACCCUCAGGAUGAGGCCUAUGACAGGCGUCUGGCUCACCACCUGGUGGCACUGUACUACCAGAGUGAGGAGCAGGUGGAGGAGGAGCUCCUGGACAUGGCGGUGCUGAAGGACUACAUCGCCUACGCGCAUAGCACCAUCAUGCCUCGGCUGAGCGAGGAAGCCAGCCAGGCUCUCAUUGAGGCUUAUGUAGACAUGAGGAAGAUUGGCAGUAGCCGAGGAAUGGUUUCUGCAUACCCUCGACAGCUAGAAUCGUUAAUUCGCUUAGCAGAAGCCCAUGCUAAAGUACGAUUCUCAAACAAAGUGGAAGCGAUUGAUGUGGAAGAGGCCAAACGCCUCCACCGGGAAGCUCUGAAGCAGUCUGCAACAGAUCCCCGAACUGGCAUCGUGGACAUAUCUAUUCUUACUACAGGGAUGAGUGCCACCUCUCGAAAACGGAAAGAAGAAUUAGCGGAAGCAUUGAAAAAACUUAUUUUAUCUAAAGGCAAAACACCAGCUCUAAAAUACCAGCUACUUUUUGAAGAUAUUCGGGGACAAUCUGACAUAGCAAUAACCAAAGAUAUGUUUGAAGAAGCACUGCGUGCUUUGGCUGAUGCUGACUUCCUGACAGUGACUGGGAAGACAGUCCGCCUGCUCUGAAACUGCCAUGAGUGGCCAUCCUUCCCACACCUGCUCACACCAGCACUGCCAUGUGGAGUCUCAAAGUCCUUGCUAGGCUACACAGAAAUGUUCUAACUGGAUUUCAAAUUUUAUAGUAAAGUGUGUGUAUUCUUUUCUAUUACCAUUUUAAGUAAAAGUACUAUGCUAAUGUAUAAAAACAGAUACCAAGCCAAGUUACAGGCGUAGAGUAGAGAUUAUAUUCCUCAACUGCCAUUUUCAGCCACAAAGCUUGACUCUGCUCACAUACAUGGGGGGGCAGCAUGGUCUGCUUUGAAGAAGGCAGGCUGGGCUGUGGUUUUGUAUAGACUUUCUACUGCAGUCAUCCAUGUGCUUAAGGAUUUUAUGACAGGAGCUGACAGAUGUAGUCAGAGUGUAUCAGUUAGGUAUCAGGCAUAUGACCUUAGUAAUUAAAGGCUAGAGAGCUUCUCACAGCACACAAGCUUAAUUCCUGUCAGAGGCCUCUUAUGGCUAUCGUGAAAUGACCGGGAAGAGUGAUUGGAAGUGAUUGAGUUCUAGGUUAACUUCUCCCACUUUAUCCUAAUAUGUAAAA